AAUAUGUGUAAUAAAAACAGUUGGUUGUCUGCUAAAGUGAAAUUGGAAAGAAUUCGAGGAUUUCUUGAGUAUUUUUAAGCACAAUUGGUAAAGGAAUAAGAUAUCAUAAAUUUAAAUCGAGAUUAAAUAGAUAAAUCUUCGCACUGUUAUGAAAUAUUUUACAACACUCAAUAUUAAAGGUAAAUUUCAUAGUCAUGUCUGAAUUUGAAGAAGUAUUCGAGUUUUUAAAGAAUAAAUCUCACUAUUUAAGUCAGUGGCCAGAACUACAAAGAGCAACUGCAGAUAAUGAUACACCAACUCCGGGUUAUUUACUGCCAAUCAUAGCAAAAUUGUCAUUUCAUUCGGGAGUUCAAUGUAAAAGUUUAAGUUUAUAUUUUGAAGAUCGCCUAAAAGUUCCAUCUUGUAGUGUGAAAGUAAAAACUUUAAAACUAAUAAUCUUUCUGUUGGAAAAAGGUCAUAAGGAUUUUAAAAAAUAUAUGCAAAAAUCGUUAGAAAUUGAUAAAGCUACAAAGUUUAGUGGUCCCCCUGAUCCUCUUCAUGGGAAUGCUCCAUACGAACUAACAAGAAAACUAGCAAAAGAAGCACAAGAGCUCAUAUUCAGUGAUAAUUUUGUAGAAGACGAAAAAGAUAGAUCAGUGGAUAUGUUCAAAACUUCGUAUCCAGGUCUGGGAUCUACCAAUGUUAGUAAUUCAUCAUACAGCGGAUUUGGAAAUACAGUAUUAGAUAAGAAAUCAAUAAGUCAAAGCAUAAGCGAAGGUGUAUUGGAUUUAGCAGAAAAACUGAAAGGAAAAUUGGAGGGUCCCGAAGAAAGGCAUAAAUUUGAACCUACCGAAACCGUGUACUUUAAGCCUUUACCCCUGCCAGCUCAUACAUAUUGUACGGAAUCAACUAUAGAAUCAUCCGCGUUUGACCAAUUAUCCAGUAGAGAAUUUAUUCCUGGAAAGGCUUUAGGGGGCUGGGGAGAUGAUGAAACAGAAGAAGAUACAACAGAAGAAGUGGUAUUCUCUCAGAAUGAAUUAGAAGAAAGCACUAGCAGCAAACAAGACAGAGAGGAAACUAUUCUUGUUCAGAACUUCAUUAACAGGGAUAUGCUACCAACUCUUCAGGAAAUUCGUUCUUUUAACCAAAACCUUAUUGAUAAAGAUAUUGGUAUAGUUUUGCAAGAGGUCAACAGUCAGUUACAAAAUAGCAAUUGUUCAUCUGUUUCACUAAUGUCUGCACUCUUGAUAGUUGAAUUCAUCAUACGAGAAGAGAAUUUGCCAAUAGAUAAAGUCAUAAUGGUUCUCAAGGAAGGAUUAAAUUAUAUUAUAGCAAAAACAAAUGAAAGUAACGUUUAUCAUAAAACAAGAAAGAUUAUUUUAAUCCUUCAAAACUUAAGCAACGAACAGUUUUCAACAAGUGAAAGAAAGCUCUUGUUCAUACAUAUACGUUCACUUUUAGAAUACAUUAUUCAAAGUAAAAGUCGUCUAUUUUCAACAACGACGGAGGCUCCCUUGGAAUCACAACAAUCGAAUAAUGGCGAAAACACAGAAAAAACCCAAGUAGAUGAUGUUGAGAAAAAAUUCGAAGAGGAAAAGACUAAAUUGAUGGCACAAGUGAAAGAUGUUGAAGAUAAAUAUAAACGUUCUUUAGCGGAGAUGGAAAAUGUAAGGAAUAGAUUAACAAAACAAAUAGCUGAUGCUAAAGUAUUCGGCAUUCAAUCAUUUUGCAAAGAUUUACUAGAAGUUGCUGAUAUUUUAAAUUCGGCAACUGCCGCAGUUCCCAAAGAAGCCCUUGAAAGCGACAACCAACAUUUAAAGAGUUUGUUUGAUGGUUUAACGAUGACCGACAAGCAGCUACGUAAAGUUUUCACUAGGCAUGGUUUAGAGCCAAUAGAUCCUGCGAAGGGAGAGAAGUUUGAUCCUAAUCUCCAUGAAGCACUCUUUCAGGCUCCAAUAACUGAAAGUGAAACUCCUGGCAGUGUUGCAGUAGUAACUAAAACAGGAUAUAGGCUACAUGAGAGAACUAUUAGACCUGCUUUAGUUGGUGUCUAUAAUAAAUAA